AUGGCAUUAUUUGGUGGAUCAUCUAGUCAAGCUCCUGCAUCUGCUACAGAUAAUAAAGUGCAGGCAUUCAAGCAGCAGAUUGCACAAGAGAUAGCAGUUGCCAAUGCCACUGAUCUAGUUAACAAAGUGUCUGAGAACUGCUUUGAGAAGUGUCUGCAGUCUCCAUACAAAGACGGUAACGAAGGAUGUGUCGAUCAAUGCCUUGCCAAGUAUAUGCGCUCCUGGAAUGUAAUCUCGAAGACAUACAUUAACAGAAUACAGGAUGCCUCUACAACUGGUGAAAUAUAG